UUACACAGUUUAUUUACACGUUGUUUUUGAACAUUAAGCCGUGAAAACGUCCUGAACAGGAUUCUAGAUGAAUAAUAGUGGAACCAAACAAGACACUUCCAAGAGUGACGACGAGCAAUUCGAGGACGCACGGAGUAAACAUGAUUCGAACGAGCGGUCCGUGGAUGAAGUCAUUGAAAAGGUAACCGGAAUGUCCAUGAAACUGCCCAACGAAUCCGAUACGGAAGAGUUUGUAGAUUGCGUCAGCGGUGACGGGGCAGCUGGUUCAGAUGAAAAUCUUUCCGCAAGCAAAGCGGUCCAGACAGCUGCUGAAGCAGAUGAUUUCAUAGAUGAUGAAUCACAGCGUGACUACGAGAUGGGCCUGACGGAAGAGGAACUGGCAGCGAACAAAGCAAAAGCGGAUGAACUGAAGCAAGAAGGCAAUGAGCUGUUCAAGCAAAGCGACCACCAUCAAUCGGCGACCAUGUACACGAAGGCCCUGAGGCUUUGUCCCGUGGACCGAAAGAACGAUCGUGCAAUUCUGUACGCGAACCGUGCUGCAGCCAAGAGUAAACUGGACCUAAAGGCUUCCGCCAUCGAGGACUGCACCAAAGCGAUAGAGUAUAAUCCGAAAUACCUGAAGGCGUUACUAAGGCGAGCCAAUCUGUACGAAGAGACUGAUAAACUCGACGAAAGCUUAGAAGACUACCGAAAGGUGCUAGAACUGGACCCUGGCAAUGGUGAGGCACGGGCAGCGCAAGUCCGAUUGCCACCGAAAAUAACGGAGCGAAAUGAGCGUCUCAAAGAGGAGAUGAUGGGGAAGUUGAAGGAUCUGGGCAACAUGAUACUGCGACCUUUCGGGCUUUCGACACAAAACUUCCAGAUGCAGCAAGAUCCGCAGACCGGCUCGUAUUCCAUCAACUUCAAACAGAACGCGGACCAAUGACCAAUGGCGCCCGAUCGCCAGUUUUUGGCAAGUGAUACGUGACGAAAGGCAGCGAUGCGUGAUAGAAUCAUGCCUGUUUGUGGGUUGUUGGCUACAUAAAUGGAAAGGAAUGAAUACUAUCGAUAGU